AUUGAAAGAUGAUGAUAGUGGAGACCAUGACCAGAACGAGGAGAAUAACACACAGAAAGACAGUGAGAAGGAAAAGAACGACCGGGAGAAACCCCAGAGUACUACCAAGAGGAAGGCUGUUGUUCCAGGGCCGGCGGAGCACCCCUUGCAGUAUAAUUACACCUUCUGGUACUCCAGACGAACCCCCGGGAGGCCUACCAGCUCACAGAGUUAUGAGCAGAACAUCAAACAGAUUGGCACCUUUGCCUCCGUGGAGCAGUUCUGGCGGUUUUACAGUCACAUGGUACGUCCUGGGGACCUGACAGGCCAUAGUGACUUCCAUCUUUUCAAAGAAGGGAUCAAACCCAUGUGGGAGGAUGAUGCCAACAAAAAUGGUGGUAAAUGGAUUAUCCGUCUGCGAAAGGGCUUAGCGUCACGGUGCUGGGAGAAUCUCAUUCUGGCAAUGUUGGGAGAACAGUUUAUGGUGGGGGAAGAAAUCUGCGGGGCAGUUGUCUCUGUCCGAUUCCAGGAGGAUAUUAUCUCGAUAUGGAACAAGACCGCCAGCGACCAGGCCACGACAGCCCGGAUACGCGAUACGUUACGAAGGGUGCUCAACCUACCUCCCAACACCAUCAUGGAAUACAAAACGCACACCGACAGCAUCAAGGAUAAUUCAAGCUUUCGAAACACAAAAAUCACCUUGUGAGAACAAGAGUUGGCACUUAAGCUCCUCUCUGCGUGUAGAAAGCACUGAGAGGUCUCCAGCGGUGCCCUCCGACCUGUGAAGGGACUCAUGGGGCACUCUCCCGCACUCCUCCUAGGAGGAAGGAUCCACCUGAAACCCUCCAGCAGCGGUGACAAUAGAGGCUGAUUUUGUCAUACAGAAAUGUUUCUUUUUUUUAGCAGAGGGGUGGGAGGCCAAUCUGUCAGUUAGCAGCGUGCCCUUGGGGCCGCACCUUGCAGCACUUUCCUCUCUUUCUCUACACGGCGUGCAGGAUCUCCGGGAUUCUGCCUCCAAUGUCAGAGCCUUUUGCUGAGGGAUACCAGUAUUAAAUCUCUCUGCAGCUGGGAGGAGCUUCCCAGUUGAGAGUCAGCCCUAUGGUUUUCAAAUGCCCGCCCUUUCAGCUCUGCCAAUAAAUUAUUGGGUCUCUUUGUUUCU